GGAAUUUCAGGAAGACCUUUGCAAGAAUAUUUAAUUCACAGUUUAUCUGGAAAAGGAAACUCGUAUUCUUCUUACACAGGAAAUGGCUUUCCUUGUGCGUUGUUAUGCCAACUGUUUGCAACCAUGGUCCUCCAAACUUCCAGCAGAUCUUACCAAGAUGCAUCUCACAGACAGCCCACAUCCGCAGAUGACGAAUGUCCCUUCCAGUCAGUCAGGUUGUAGUAUUGCCAGUGACUCUGGGAGCAGCAGCUUGUCUGAUAUCUACCAGGCUACAGAAAGUGAAAUGGGAGAUGUUGACUUAAGAGGUCUCCAGGAAACAGCUGUGGACUCUGAAGAAGAGGAGGAGGAAGAUGAAGAUAUUGACAGACAUUCUGAUACUUUGGUGGGACGAGAUGUUGUACGUGAAUGCCUGGAAAGAGAUCAUGCUGAUAGAACAGAUGAUGAUAUUGAGCAAUUGCUGGAAUUCAUGCACCAGCUGCCUGCAUUUGCCAACAUGACCAUGUCUGUUAGGAAGGAGUUGUGCUCAGUUAUGACUUUUGAAACUGUGGAACAAGCAGGAGCUACAGUUCUUGAAGAUUAUCAAGAACUUGAUUCCUGGUAUGUCAUUCUGAAUGGAUGUGUGGAGAUCAGCCAUCAUGAUGGAAGAACUGAAGUACUGUGUAUGGGAAAUAGUUUUGGGAUUUCCCCUUCUCUUGAGAAACAGUACAUGGAUGGACAUGUACAGACCAAAGCAGAUGACUGUCAGUUUGUAUGCAUAGCACAGCAAGAUUAUUGGCGUAUACUAAAUCAUGUGGAGAAGAACACCCAGAAAGUGGAAGAAGGAGGAGAGAUUGUUAUGGUGAAGGAACACAGGGAACUGGAUCGCAGUGGGACCAAGAAGGGACACAUUGUAAUUAAGGGAACACCAGAGCGACUUAUCUUGCAUUUGGUAGAAGAACAUUCUGUAGUGGACCCCACUUUCAUUGAAGAUUUCCUGUUAACACAAAGGACAUUUCUUUCAAGUCCAAUGGAAGUUGGAACAAAACUUCUGGAGUGGUUUUGUGUCGACAGCCUCCGAGACAAGGUUACACGAGUAGUGCUGCUUUGGGUAAACAAUCAUUUUAAUGAUUUUGAAGGUGAUCCUGCCAUGACUCAGUUUUUGGAGGAAUUUGAAAAUAAACUGGAAACUGCGAAAAUGAAGGGGCACCUUAGACUGCUGAAUAUUGCCUGUGCUGCAAAGGCCAAAUGGAGACAGGUUACAUUACUGAAACCUUCACGGGAAUCCUCCCUGCAUUUCACCUUUAUCGGGGGCAGUGAAAGAGGAUUUGGUAUUUUCAUUGAAAGUGUAGAACCAAGCAGCAAGGCAGCAGAAGCCGGACUUAAACAGGGUGACCAGAUAAUGGAAGUCAAUGGACAGAACUUUGAAAACAUUUCUUAUUCAAAAGCACUAGAGAUCCUGAGGAACAACACACAUCUCUCCCUCACUGUGAAGACCAACAUUUUUGUUUUUAAGGAAUUGUUAAUCAGGAUGACACAAGAGAAAAAAAAUGAUGCCCCUCAUCUACCCAAAAUUGCAGAAAAAAAGAACAAUCGCUACUCAAUCCCAGACCUUCCUGGGGACAUGGAGCAAAUGUUUCAUAGUGAAAAAGGAAGUAAGAAGAUUAAAGCAAACACUGUGUCAGGUGGGAGAAACAAAAUCCGAAAAAUCUUGGAUAAAACACGUAUAAGCAUUCUGCCACCAAAGCCAUUCAAUGAUGGAGGUGUUGGCCAGUCCCAGGAUGACAGCGUUGUUGGAACAAGACAGUGCAGACACAGUGUGGCCAUAAUGCCCAUUCCUGGAACUCUCUCAUCUAGUAGCCCAGAUUUGCUGCAGCCUACAACGAGCAUUCUAGAUUUCUCCAAUCCAGCAGAUAUUCCAGAUCAAGUAAUUCGUGUCUUCAAGGCAGAUCAGCAAAGCUGCUAUAUUAUAAUUAGCAAAGAUACUACGGCUAAAGAUGUAGUGAAUCAUGCAGUUAACGAGUUUGGCUUGACAGGAGCUACAGAAGCCUACUCUCUUUGUGAGGUAUCUAUUAGUCCUGAAGGAGUUAUAAAACAAAGAAGGCUUCCAGACCAGCUUUCAAAAUUAGCAGAUAUAAUACAACUCAAUGGAAGGUAA